AUGUCGUCGGCUAAGACGACGACGGCCGCGUCAGAGCCCGACAUCGCGUUCCCAGCUGUCUUGAAAGGCUCGCAAAAGCAGAGAGUCCCUCCCCCAGUACCUCCGAGAGGGUCUCCCAAAGCUAAGCGAGGAGGUGCCGCCUCCCAAGCGUCUAGCAUCGACACGAAAGGUGAUUAUCCGAAUUUAAGCAUCUCUGUGAGUGAUAUCCCUCCGCAGACACCUAUCACUAGCAGCGAUGACGAUUUCUGCUUUUAUGGGCAUGAUUUUAAGUUUAAAGAACCCACUGCAUGUCGCAUCCCACCGUCUGUAUCCAACAGUUCUGUUAAAAUCACCAAAUUAGUUGCAUCGAAUUCUUUCUUAGACUUCGUAGAGGAAGCUGACAGUAUCACGGAGAGAUCUCACCUUGGUAAAGAUUUGAUUGCUCAAACUUCAAUGAUGGCCAAAUUCAAUAUUGAUAAAGUUUUGAGAGAGCAUUUAGACUCAGGUGAUUAUGAUGAUACCUCUCUGACGGAGUCAAGUAGCGAAGAACGUAUUGUUAUAGAAGAAAUAAAAAAUGACGUUGAAGAAACAAGGGCUAAACAAUCAAGAAGUCCAUCGCAAUUUGUGAAAGAAGUAGUAACCCAGAUUGGUGAUAAAUUAACGGGCAGAACUCAAAUAAACUUGGAUUCAUCAUCGGAAAAAGUCAGUGUUCAUAAUAUCAAGUCAUCUGAUUUAAUAUCAGCAGCCAGGACAUUAAAGAAAGUAGCUCCAGCUGAGAAAAAGAUAACGGAACCAAGUACACAAUCAGAACUGGAUUCUAAAACUGACAAAAACGGAUCCAAACAAGGUAUAAUUUCUGGUAUAACAAAGAAAUUAAACUUCAAUCAGUCUAAAAGAGAUAAAAACCGAAUACAGGACAAAAAACCGAAACCAAAAGUAGAAAUAAGAACAUAUAAGCAAGGAAUGACCAAAGAUGAAGCUAUAUGCCACAAGAAAGCCAAAACUAAAAUUGAUAUGUUCCAAAAGCAUAUUUAUAAAGUUCAAACUGAUUCCGAUAGUUCUAGACGGAGCUCAUUGUCUUCGUCACAAGAUAGUAAGAAGUCUGAUAAACAUAUCGAUACACAAAGAUUAGUAAAAGAGACGAAGAAAGUUUUUGAACCUAUCGAAUAUACUCAUGGAAGUUUAACAUCAGUUGACAGAAAACAUUUUUCCCUGGCAACUACCGCUUUAAAUCCAGUAGUUUCGAAGUCAAUAAGUGGUAAUGUGCACGAAAAGAUUAAACAGUUUUCCGAGACGCCAUUGACGAAGACACCGAAUAAAAUUCCGAGGAAGAAAAAGAGUAGCUUCAAGAAGAAAUCGGCUAAGAAGAUUGUGAUUAAAAUGAGGAAAGAUGUAGAAGAGAUAUUUCUAAGUAGUAACGCUAGUUACCCUUCAGGCGGUGCGCCGUUGUCGUGUUGUUCAACACCUCCACCCCCCUUCGAAGAGGCACCGCCUCCAAGAACCAGUCGCACUAACUCCUCAUCGACGACAUCAUCGAGUGCGUCAGGGAGACGCCGUGGUGCGUCAAGCGCUGCCAGCGUGAUGACAACGUCAUCCGCGUCAUCUUUGGCUCUGACGCCCGCGGCUUUGAGUAGUGCACGCAGUAAUGAAGCCAGUGUAUGUUGGACCCCGCCAGCGUCUGUCGAAGGCUCCACCCCAACAUGGACUGAGGGCACGCCCAGUUUCACCGAGUCUAGUAGUAGUGAACAAGGCUACCCCAUAACACCAGCCCGUGGCGCCACGCCGUGUGACAGUCGCGACGGGCGUCGCUCACCGCGCCCCCCACCGCCGCCUGCGCGCGCAAUCCCCCCCACUACCAUCAACUGUCUUACCAGCGAAGUGGUGGAAAUAACACAUUUAAGAUGUGAAACGUCAAGAAUAACUAUAUCAAGCUAUGAAAUACAUAACGACGCUGAUAAUGAAGAAACGCAGUAG